AUGGCAACAAUCAUGGAUAAUAAUACUACUUCUCAUAGCACUGCUAGUGGUAAUGACGACUGGAAAUCUAAAUUAAAUAUUCCAAAAAAAGAUACUAGACCACAAACGGAAGAUGUUCUAAAUAUAAAAGGUAACACUUUUGAAGAUUUCCAUUUGAAAAGAGAACUAUUAAUGGGUAUUUUUGAAGCAGGUUUUGAAAAACCUUCUCCAAUUCAAGAAGAAUCUAUACCUGUGGCUAUAACAGGUAGAGAUAUCCUGGCAAGAGCCAAAAAUGGUACUGGUAAAACAGCUGCUUUUGUUAUUCCAACUUUACAAAAAAUUAAGCCAAAAGUAAAUAAAAUUCAAGCUUUAAUUAUGGUUCCAACGAGAGAAUUGGCUUUACAAACUUCUCAAGUCGUUCGUACUCUAGGAAAGCACUGUGGAAUUUCAUGUAUGGUCACCACUGGUGGUACAAAUUUAAGAGAUGAUAUCUUAAGAUUAAAUGAUACUGUUCAUGUCCUUGUCGGUACUCCAGGUAGAGUACUAGAUUUAGCUUCAAGAAAAAUUGCAGAUUUAUCUGAAUGUGCUUUAUUUAUUAUGGAUGAAGCAGAUAAAAUGUUAUCACGUGAUUUUAAAACUAUUAUUGAACAAAUCUUAAUCUUUUUACCAAAAAAUCAUCAAUCUCUCUUAUUUUCUGCAACUUUUCCAUUAACUGUUAAAGAAUUCAUGGUUAAACAUUUAAAUAAACCUUAUGAAAUUAAUUUAAUGGAAGAAUUGACUUUAAAAGGUAUUACACAAUAUUAUGCAUUCGUGGAAGAAAGACAAAAAUUACAUUGUUUAAAUACACUUUUUGCAAAAUUACAAAUUAAUCAAGCUAUCAUCUUCUGUAAUUCAACAAAUAGAGUGGAAUUAUUAGCUAAAAAAAUUACAGAUUUAGGGUAUUCAUGUUAUUAUUCACAUGCAAGAAUGAAACAACAAGAAAGAAAUAAAGUUUUCCACGAAUUCCGUCAAGGUAAAGUUAGAACUUUAGUCUGUUCAGAUUUAUUAACUCGUGGUAUUGAUAUUCAAGCCGUUAACGUUGUUAUAAAUUUCGAUUUCCCAAAAACUGCAGAAACUUAUUUACAUAGAAUCGGUAGAUCCGGUAGAUUCGGUCAUUUAGGUUUAGCAAUCAAUUUAAUCAAUUGGAAUGACCGUUUCAAUCUUUACAAGAUCGAACAAGAAUUAGGUACAGAAAUUGCUGCUAUCCCAGCCACAAUUGAUAAAUCAUUGUACGUUGCUGAAAAUGAAUCCACCGUUCCAAUUCCUUUCCCAAUAGAACAACAACAAUUACACCAUCCACAACAGCAACAACAACAACAACACCCUUCUGUACCAAAUCAAAAUAUGAUGAUGAUGAAUCAAAUCCCACAACAACAAAAUAACCCACAAUUCACCGCACAACCACAACACUUCAACCAACAACAACAUGCCAUCCCACCUCAAAUGCAAUUCAAUCAACAACAAAUGACACAACUACAUCCACAGCACCAACAGCAGUUCAAUCCUCAACCACAAUUUUAA